GCAACACAUUGUUUAUCUCCUGUAUGCACACUCUCUACCUAUUUAAAUGAAUACCCUAUCCUAAGACAAAAAGACCUCAUUUUCUUUAAUAGGAAGAAACAAGAAAAAAAAACAAGAAACCACUCCAUAAGUAGGGUAGGUAGGCAUCGUUCCACACCCCUCACACCCUAGACACAACCAUACCACGGAAAGGUUUCGACAACCUCAGUUUCUACAAAGCUCCAAGGCGCACACGAAUCAUUUACAGGAGCUAGAGCCGAGCAUUCAUGGAGCUACCGGUGCGUAUCGCUCAGGCAGAAGAUGCCAUGGAGCUGUACGCAACCGGUUUCAACGCCUGGAACCAGCUCACCUUCGACCCAUCCACAGUCAAAGAUGAGCCGGACGAUAUCUUUUCCUUCACAAAGAUCCUAGGGACACAAAGAUUGGACAGAGUAGUAUCCCAGAUGUGCUACACGGCAGUGCAACGCGAGGGCACAUGGUCAUUAGCUGGCUUGUCCCCAGGCACACUGGUCUCUGGAAACGCCGACCAAAGGUACCUGUUCGAUCAUUCGAGCGCAAUAUCUGCAGAUGGAAGAGUUCUCACGGUGGAGGGCCUCGGAAGGCCGUCCCAGGCUAUCGUGGAAUAUCCGGCAUUGGCUGCAUGGAGAGCCAACAGAAGCACACACUCUUGGCCCAGCGAGUCUGGUGUCCGUCAAAUAGCUGCUUAUGAUGGAGGAUUCGUCAUUCUACGUGAGGACGCCUCUUUGUCAACGAUGGGAGAUCCACGCUUUGGGGAUUGUCUAGGUCGUGAAGUCGAUGAGUCCAAUCCUGCAGAUGUACCCGGCCUCGUUUCAGACCUCAGUGACAUUGGUGAGCCUAUCAAGAUGGUUGCGGCUGGGGGAUACACCCUCGCUGCUUUGACGGAGGGUGGUGGGCUGUACCUCUGGGGCAUGCAAUCACCUGGCUCACAAAGUCGGCACCAGGCUUUUGCUGAUCUCAGUGGAAUACCCAACUAUGUAGAGGUUGACGGAGAGAAAGAUGUGCAGGAUAUUGCACUUGGAGAGUCUCACGCCAUCGCCCUAACCACCGACGGUUGUGUUUAUGUCGUGGGUGACAACACAAACGGCCAACUUGGUCUGGGAAGCGACUCCAAAAGCCCAGUCGAAUCUUGGCUCAAAGUGCCCUUCAACAGCCCCCAAGGCUGGAACAUUGUCGGCGUCGAAGCAGGCCCUAGGUCAUCAUUCAUAGUCACGGCAAAGGCAAAGCCAAAAUAGAUGUCAAAGCUCAUAGGAGCCGCCUUUCUACCGGA